UCACUCCUUGACUCGUGCGGGGCCCAGAAAGACAUCCUGCGUGUGGCUCAUUACUCUGAUGUGCGUUGCGGCGUACAGAUCAGGGCACCGCACUCCGGCCAAGUGAUUUGAAGCUAGCCGACUCACUCACUACUCAAAGAUGACAUUGUGAGAGGACUAUGCAGGCAUCCAAAGAACCACACGACCCCUGUCCCGCCCUACCUGUCCUAUGAGUCUUCCUUUCUGCAUUUCCAACAAACUAGUCUUCCGUCAACCACGCUCACGAUCUCCUCAGUGCCAAUGAAAUGCUCACCUCCCUUGGGAAAGAUUAAUGAACUAGACAUCACCAUCACCACCAUCACCAUCUGGGCAGCCAAUCCUUUGCUCGGUCCUUCAUUAUCAUCACUAUCAUAAUAACAUAAGGCUGGGGUAUCUUCGCUAUACAUAUAUUUCUGUUUCUUGCAACAUCCUCCCCCUAUCACUGUCUGUCCUCUCUCUUGCCCCACUCCCUCACCUCCUCCCUCGCUGUGUGCCCACCUCACCUUGCCUGCAGCGGUAAGGAGCCAUGGAGGAACACUCGUCAGUCGAGGUCGGGAGGCACGCGGGUGCGGACGCGGGCGAGACGGAGGUAUGCCGCUCCAGCAAACCAAAACAGCAAUUACUCCAAAAACCACAGCAACAGCGGCACUGGAGCUAUCUAGACCAGGAAACUGAUUGUCCAAACGAAUACGAGGAAGACGAAGACACAUACCCGGAGGAAAUGACGGCUGGAAGUAGCAUCAGUAGCAGUCAUCGGGCCGCCUCCGUCUCGCCCCAAGCCUGCUCCAUGAACAGAAAGAGUAACAAGCCUCUCAUGGAGAAGAAGCGCCGCCAGAGAAUCAACCGCUGCCUCAACGACCUCAAGUCCCUGGUGCUGGAGGGAAAAAACAAAGACCCGUCGCAAUACAGCAAGCUGGAGAAGGCGGAUAUUCUGGAGAUGACGGUGAGGCACGUGCAGGCCCUCCACCGCCUGGGCGUGGGCAGGCUGAGCAGCGGCGGCGGGCGUGUGUUGGGUGGUGACGAGGAGGGUAAGUAUAGGGCGGGCUUCACUCACUGCGUGACGGAAGUAGACAAGUAUCUGAGGUACUUGUCAGGCCUCGGUGACCUCCCUCAGGAUGUCCACAAGAAACUAUUUGCUCAUCUCAACUCUAUCGCCACUUCCGUCACCUCCAACGUGAACACCACCACCACCACCGUCCAGAACAGCGUCAACGUGAUGACCAACCCCAUGCCCUUCAUCCUCGUGCUCAACACCACUCCGUCCCAGCCGCCCGCCACCAUCGCUAUCCCCGAAGCCGCCGGCAACUCGCUCGGCGCGCAGCCUGCCGUAACGCUGGUGACCACGUCCAAACUGGACAGCUUAGACAGCUCUGUUUCUCGCGGUGGAGGCCCUCAAAUGAUGCCUCAGCACGUGAACGGUGGAGACGUGACGCUGGUGCUGCCUCCCACCCACCAGGUGAUCCCACAGAGUCACGCCAGAAACCAACCCAGCGCAGCCCUGCAGGCCUCGGCACCAGUCCUGACGGCCAUCCUCACUUCAGAUAGAGGCCGUUGUGCCCCUCCCACCGUGGUGCAGCCGCCAGCACUCUCCACCAGCAGCGAGGACUCUGCAUUGGGCCCCGACAUCCUGGACACGUCUGACAGCGACAUGAGUUCGUCGGGACUCAGCACACCCUUGUCCUCCAUGAGCAGCGCAGGCUCCCCCGCUCCAGCUGACGACGCUGGCCGCUCCUCUCCUCGCAGGCCUGCAGGCUCCAGAUCACCCCCCUUCAAACCUCACAACUGGAGCAGCGGAGUGUUCAGAGAGGAGCUUGGUGGGUCUUCAUGCCACAGCCGUCCCGCUGUCCGCCGCCAUCCUGUCUUAGCCCCGAAGCCCACGCAGGGGGUAUGGCCGCAGUGCCCUGCUCCGCUGCCCAACACUUCCAAAAAACGGAAGGAUAAAAGUCCACCUCCUCCACCUGCUGAGCCACAGUCUAUGUGGAGGCCUUGGCACUGAGCGUCAUGGCAAGACACGGCUGCAACAAGAACCACCGCCGCCUGCAGCCUCCCGCACCUCCACCGGCUUCUAAGGAGCAUCAGUUUUGUCUUCAAAGGUCAGUCAAGCACUAGAAGCUUUCUUUCUCAUUAUUUCUCCCAUCACUCUGUUAGUCGCCUGCGUUCUCCAGGCACUCGACCGUUGUGUACCAGCUAGCAGCCCCUAGAGGGAGCUCCAGAGGGCACCACCACCCGCACCCUAUCUCAUGAUCUCAUGUUAUUGUCCCACUGUGAGUCUGAAGGCCACGCUGGGGGUGGAUCAUUCUCCGUCAUACUCAGCUGCCCAGGCGUGCACUUGCCUCAGCAGCAGCACAGCAGCCAGUCAGCAAACAGCUGUGUGCUGCUGCUGCCACGCCUGGGCAGGCGAUCCCCCUCCACCGCACAUAUUUCCCCCCAUCCUCCCCACUAUACCGACCCCCGGCGCCUUGGCCCAGGCUUCGUUUGUUUGUUUUGGGGUCUUUAAGACACUUUGUUAUACGCUUAACCACACUGGGCCACUAACAGGCACUUGCUACUGCACGUGUGUGUUGCACUGCACCCUGCACCUUGCACUGUGUGUGUUUUUCUUGCACCUGUACCUUGCACCGUGUGAUUUUUUACUGCACUUUGUACCUUGCACUUUGUACCUGCACGCCCCGCACCCCGCACCUGCACCACAUUACCUCAAUGAGGAGACCCAACGAGGGGCCGCGCGCCGGAAGCCCCUGGGAGAGCGCGCUCCCCACAGUGCCGCCUCGAGGCGAUGUGGGGAGCGCUGCUCUUUCUUCAGCACUCACACAAAUCAAAACUUGGUGAUGAGGCUUCCAUUAGAGCGCUACAACACCCUGCAUGGCUCCUCCUCUGCACCUCCAGACACGGGAGGAGCCACCAGCCUAGCGGCGGCCCCUCGCCUCGCCUCCCGCUUACUGUGGUGGUGUGUAAACUGUGAUUCACCGGAACCCUCGUGCCGCCUCUCCCCGUGCCAUACUGCACUCCCCACUCUCACCCACCUCCCCCAACCCCGCUGACCUGGCGCGCCUCCUCGUCAUGAUGGUAGAAUACUUACCUCGUGUCAGUUUGGAGGCGCUGCACCAUCAAGCAGUAUUUUCGUCACGUUUAUUAGAUGGAUUAUUGUUAUCUCAAGAUGACACUGCUCUUUUCAAAAGACAAAAUUUCAUAAUGCAGUGUGUCCUGGGAGCUGCCAGGUCACCAUGUCUCCCAGUCACGAGAACACGUCCCCUGCCCCGUCCUGCCGCCCUGGCCCGCCCGCCCCGCACCUAACCCGCUACACUGGUUCCCUCUGCUGCCGGCCUCACUCCGUCACUUGUUCCUGCUGACCCACCGUCUAGUCAUUAUCCCCGAGUAUAUAUUUCCCUAUAUGGUGUCAGGCCGUGUGUUACGCUCAGCUCUGGCCGGAGACAAGGAACACAACCAAGGCAGCAGUGAAGGACACAGCAGCAGCAGGGAAUCCGGCUCCAUUCUUAAGAGACAGUUCAAUGUUUUCUUUUCUUACUAGUGUCAUUUUUUUAAAGAUAUAAACGAUGUAGUAUUUAUGGUUGUGCGUGCGCGUGUAUGUACAGUACGUAAAUGAUAUCGAUGGGACGGUAGUCAGGGAACACCAGUCCCCCGGCUGGCCGCGCCAACUCCAAAAACUAAACAGAUUAAAUGGAAGAGCAAAGUACGUUUAUUUGACACUAACGGCCACCAAUGUGUGGUACAUACGUACAUACGUGUUCUCUGAAGCCCCGGAAGAAGGAAGCAGUUUUUGGUGAGAAAGAAUCCCUCGGUUUUGGCGGCCACUUGUAAGUAAGCAGCUGAGUAUUAGCUCUACUAGUCACCUCCUCCUUACGGUAAUUACGAAGCUACAGCAUCUCGUGACGUAAUGGUCAUUUCUUGGUAACUAGGCAAGUGAUUCCGCUCAUACAAGAAAUGUCGUAGCUGUCUGGUCUCUGUCAAAUUGAGAUUUCCGCUCCAGCAACGCGCGCAUGCGGGCGACAAACAAGUUCCGUGGCAGGACGAUUAGGGCGGAGGGCGAGGUGGGUAAGGAACUGUUUACUUUAACUCCCCUCUCCUGGAUCACUGGUGUGACAUCAUGGAAUCUUGCAUGCUCGGCAGCCCCUUGUAAUCACCAAAAAUGUGUGUGUGUGUGUGUGUGUGUGUGUGUGUGUGUGUGUGUGUGUGUGUGUGUGUGUGUGUGUGUGUGUGUGUGUGAACACGGGGCUUGGAAGGAAUCAGCAUGUCUCAGUUGUGGCUCAAGAGAAGGCUGGUUUCUUGACGUCACAAAGGCUCACCUUCACUCCCUUACCCCCUCCCCCCUCUCCCUCCCCACCUCUCCCACCAUGGCUCAUCUACUUAUUGAAAAAUGUAUAUUAUUUAUGGAUUGUUGAAUUAGUCAGUCAGAAUUUUGUUGAUAUGGACGUUCCCAUUUAUUUAUUUAUCACCACAUGUGAUGCUACCGUAUGGUGACGUCAUCGCCCACUACACACUGGUCACUCAUCACUCGUUGUUACGUGCACGCACUUCACCGAGGACGAUGUUUGGGCUUUUCUACUUAAAAUGAAAAAAGAAUAUAUAUUUUAUAUAAUUUAUUACUGGCCGAGGGGCCCCGGUUCCACUGUGUAUUAAUCUGUGAUUUAAGUGUGAUGGAUUCUAAUGUAAUUAAAAACAAGAAAAUUCA